AUGAAAGGUGUGGCGGUUGGAUGCGGAUGGCAAACAUUUGUUGCGUAUGUAAACGUAGGUUGUUAUUAUGGAAUUGGCAUACCGUUGGGUUCGGUUCUUGGAUUCUAUUUCAAAUUUGGUGCUAAGGGAAUAUGGUUGGGAAUGCUAGCUGGCACAGUUUUGCAAACAAUCAUUUUAUUAUACGUCACAUUUCGAACCGACUGGAAUAAAGAGGUUGUAGAAUCAAAUAAGAGGCUCAAUAAGUGGGAGGACAAGACUGAGCCACUUCUUAAGAACUAA